GCAAAGCCCCUCAUUUUGGCAGAACUUACCAUGUCGACCAGCCGCAAAUUAAAGAGUCAUGGCAUGAGGAGGAGCAAGAGCCGAUCUCCUCACAAGGGAGUCAAGAGAGGUGGCAGCAAAAGAAAAUACCGUAAGGGCAACCUGAAAAGUAGGAAACGGGGCGAUGACGCGAAUCGCAAUUACCGCUCCCACUUGUGAGCCCCCAGCGGGCUCUGCCCUGGUGUGCUUCACACAGCACCAAGCAGCAACAAGAACAGCAGAAGGGGAACUGCCAAGGAGACCUGAUGUUAGAUCAAAGCCAGAGAGGAGCCUAUGAAAUGUGGAUCAAAUGCCAGUUGUGACGAAAUGAAGAACGUAUAUGUUGGCUGUUUUUCCCCAACAUCUCAAUAAAACUUUGAAAGCAGAAA